CAAGAUCAGGAAGAUCAGGAUUCGUUGAAAAUUUUGAAAGUAGCUGGAAAAUGCAACCUUUAUUUGUGGAUGAAGAGCUAUGGCCCCUUCAAGCUCAGUUCUGUUGCGGAGUACGUCGCUUGCAACAAUAGCAGAGGAAGAAUCGCAUCGAGGUUGAAGCUAGAGCAACAGACAUAACCAGCGAGCAAAUCAGAGAGAUGGGCAGUCAGGAGAAAAACUGCAAGGCAUUCCCAUAAUUUCAGUGUUCACUAUGUUAUCAUGUUUUUAGGUGAAAAAUGCAUAAUCCAAAAGAGGGAGCUUAAACAGCAUGGAUUUGUACAGUAUUAGAAAAGCUUAUUUCUUUCCAUUGAGAAAUAUGUCUAAAUACGUUGAAUUGGCAAAAUUUUAAAAUGUGGGGUUGUUCUAGUUCUAGAACGUACCAGAAUGUGGACCUCUGAAUGAAUGCCACAUACUGAGAAAUCCAAAAUAAGAUGAUAUAAAAACAUGAGGUUGAAAAUGAUGAGUUGGUAACUCCGUUGGUGCCAUGGAUUCUAUCCUCUCCUCCUCCACCACUUUCCAACUGAGAAACCCCCUUCUCUCCCUCCACCAACCUCCAUUUCCAUCCUCCAAAAUCACCAUAAACAGGCUCAACAAGUCACAAAGAGCCUUAUCCUCUCCUCCUCACCAGCCUCUCAGAAUAUCUGCAGCUUCACAAUCUGCUGCAACUUCCGCCGCCACGGCUUCUUCCUUCGUGCCAUCUGAAAUGAAGGCAUGGUCCUACUCCGAGUAUGGUGGCGUCGACGUGUUGAAGCUUGAAACCAAUGUCGCAGUCCCUGAGAUCGGUGAGGACCAGGUUCUGAUCAAAGUGGUUGCCGCUGCUCUCAACCCCGUUGAUUCCAAAAGGCGAGCCGGCAAAUUCAAGGCCACUGAUUCGCCUCUUCCGACUGUUCCAGGGUAUGAUGUUGCUGGAGUGGUGGUGAAAGUAGGGAAGCAAGUGAAGGAUUUGAAGGAAGGAGACGAAGUUUAUGCAGAUGUUAGUGAGAAAACACUGGAGGGGCCGAAACAGUUUGGAUCCUUAGGGGAGUACACAGCCGUCGAGGAGAAACUGGUAGCUCUUAAGCCCAAAAACAUUGGAUUUGCAGAGGCAGCUUCCCUCCCUCUUGCAGUUGAGACUGCCUAUGAAGGCCUUGAAAGAGCUGCAUUUUCCCAGGGAAAAUCCAUUCUUGUUCUUGGUGGAGCUGGUGGCGUCGGAUCCCUAGUCAUACAGUUGGCAAAGCAAGUGUUUGGCGCUUCUAAAGUGGCUGCUACUGCUAGCACACCUAAGCUGGAUCUUCUCAAAAGCUUAGGAGUUGAUUUGGCUAUCGACUACACUAAACAAAACUUUGAAGACUUGCCGGACAAAUUCGAUCUGGUUUUCGACACAGUUGGGCAAGGUGAUAGGGCUGUUAAGGCGUUGAAGGAAGGAGGAAGCGCUGUCGUCCUAACUGGCCCUGCCGAGCCACCCGGUUUUAGGUUUGUGAUAACUUCAACAGGAGAGACCCUGAAGAAGCUAAAUCCUUAUCUGGAGAGUGGGAAGCUCAAGGCCAUUGUGGAUCCUAAGGGGCCAUUCCCUUUCGACAAGGUUCAUGAAGCUUUCUCGUAUCUUGAAACCGGUCGUGCUACUGGAAAGGUCGUCAUAUAUCCCACUCCUUAGAUUAUUAAGUACUAUAUAAUCAAAAUCACAACAGUUUUAAGAACAGAUAACUUUUAACUUUGACGUGCCUUUUUGGCCAUUGCAAUAAGAGAAAGGUUGGUAUUGUUCAAAA